AUGUGCACUUAUUUAUUGUUUCUGGCCACAAUCUGGCCAGUAUUGUCCGUUAAGUUUGGAAGUACACCGAGAUUCCAACUAGCACUGGGAAUAAAUCGCAACAACCUAUCAAGUUUAAGAAUACAAAACGAAAUAGUUCUAUUCAACAAAAACACACCGCCGAGUUGUAAAUUAGAGGUGUUUGGGAAGAAUAAUAGCAUAUGGAUAGUGUCAUGGACGGGGCUGCCAGGAACAAUAUACUCAGGGGAGAAGUACAAGUUGAAGAUAAUCCUCCCCGACGGGUACCCGCUGAAGCCACCAAUAAUAUACUUCUUACAACCAGCACCGGUGCACCCGCACGUGUACUCGAACGGGGAUAUUUGCAUGAGUAGCAUCGGCUCGGAGUAUCUCCCCUCGGCCUCAAUAUCGAGUUUCGUAGUCUCAAUCAUAUCGAUGUUGUCGUCCGCAAAGGAGAAGCGCCUGCCUAUAGACAAUCAUCUACGUAAGAUUUGA